AUGGCAUCGUCAGUCCUUGAGAGUUCUGAAGAAAAGAUCUAUGGCUUUAAGUUGAUGAGGUUGAUUGUUGAUGGAGGAACAGAGGUAUUGAGAAACAUCUUCUUAAGCAUACAUCCAGGUAAUUUGCAUGCUGUUUUGUCUACUCACUAUCUCAAACUUUACAAUCUUUUUACGACAAAGAAAAUAAUCACGCAACCACAAUGGGAUAAACUGUUCCCACCUCCCCCUAGGAUUCCAAAUAUUCAAGAAUUUGAUAUAACAUUACUUGUUAUCCUGUUAAGAAAUAUCUGUGGCUUAUCUCCUCCUACUACAGGGUGGAAUGUUAUGCCAGGUUCCACUGACAUUUCUCGUGAAGCGAACAUUGUUCGUAUUAGGCUAUUUCGUAAUAAUUUCUUUGGUCAUGUCCCUGGCACAGGUGUUAGUGGGUUAGAUUUUGAGGCUCAUUGGGUGGAGGUAAGUUCGGCUUUGCGUAGUUUGGGUUUAAAUGAAGCCGAAAUUGAUAGAUUGAAGGCUGAGGAAUGUGGAGAGGAGGAAGUGAAUCGUGUGAGAAAAGAAUGGAAUGAAAGUGAGAAGGAAGUAGUGAUAAAACUAGACCGAAUGGAAAAGGGGAUGUCAAAACUUGAUGCCGGGUUUGAAAAAGUAUCCAGAAAGAUUGAUGAAUCCUUGAAACGUGUUAAGUCUUCCACAAAAGACAUUCUUAGUGAGUGCCUUCAUGAACACGACUUUAAAGACGAAAUACAAUCGUUUUAUGAAAACUACACUGAAGGCACUCGUGAGUGGGUUUUUGAUCAGGUAUCAAAAUGGCUAUACGACAAAACGUCUAAUAAUCGUGCCUUUAUUAUUUCUGGUCAAGCUGGAAUGGGUAAGUCAACUAUCGCUGCAGUUACAUGUAAACGUUUCCCGGAACAUGUUGGAGCUUGCCAUUUUUUCCAAUAUAACAAUAGUAGGUACAAUAAUCCAAAGUUUCUCCUCCAGUCGUUGGCAUGGCAGCUAUGUCAUGUCAUUCCCGAAUAUAAACAAAACCUAACCAACAACUUAUCUGGUAAUAAAGCACAGUUACUGGACGACCUGAACAUCGAAGGGUUGUUUACAAUGCUUUUCAAAGAACCAUUGACAAACAUUCCCGAUCCAGGUAAACAUUUUCUAAUCGUAAUAGAUGCGCUAGAUGAAUGCCAGCAGGAAGAAAGGUACGAGCUUGUUGAUUUGAUUACCAGACAUUUUCACAAAUUUCCUGGAUUUAUUAGAUUUUUAAUCACAACACGAUCGGAAACAGAUAUUGCCCGUAAAUUCCAAGGAUUAAAUCCAAUGUUUCUAGAGCGAGAUGAUGAAAGGAAUUUAAAGGAUCUUAAACUUUUGUUUGAGGAUAAAUUGAGGACCGCAUCUCAGCAUGUUCGAAGGAGGGAAAUUGUCAAAAAAUUAGUUAAAAAGUCUGAAGGUCUAAUGCUCUAUGCUUCUUUCCUUUGUAAACUUUCUGAAUACAGCGCCAUCAUAUCUAACAUUGAAGAUUUACCUGGAGGUAUUGAAGAGAUUUACGAAACGUAUUUUCAUCGCCUUGAAAGCGAACUUAAAAAUCUAGGCAUUGAUCAGGAACAAUUUUUAUUACUUUUAGGCGUAAUAUCAGUUUCAAAACGACCGCUUCCUUUGGCACUUCUUGAAAGAUUACUUAGUUCUAACAAAGAUUCGUCGAUUGCAGGCAGAACGUUGCGGAAAUUGAUAAAUUGCCUUUCUUCACUUCUUGUCAUCAAGAAUGAAUCCGUGUCGUUCUUUCACAAAUCAGUAAAAGAUUGGCUAGUAAAACCAAAUCAUGAUUUUACAAUCAUUGAGAUAUAUGGUCAUAAAACUCUUACUGAUAUUUGUGUUUAUGAAAUGGCAACAUUGAAGGAAAACGAGGUAAGAUUCACAUAUGACCUUACAUUUGAAUAUGCAUUGCAGUACGGAAUACAACAUAUGCUAGAGGCGGAAAUAAAAGACAUGCAUUCUCUGACGGAAUUGAGCACUGACUUAGAAAUUGUGCAUGCAAGUGUUUGUGUUGAUAUGUACGCAACAUUAAGCAAUUUUUCCAGCCUAGAAAGCUACAAUAUGCACAGCAGCGUAUGUGAGGAAAUGCAGCAAACCAUAAGAACACUCAUCGGUAUAAUAAGACGGUUCACAUACAUUUUGAAAGAUGUUCCACGGUCAUUUUUGCAACAUGUUGUAAAUGAAAAUGAUGACGUACUUUCUUCGAAAGCAUCUGACUUGCUAAUGACACGCUACAGGGGGCUUGCAUAUUUCGAAUGCGAAGACAAAAAAGAAAGUAUUGUUGAAAAGGGUUUGAUAGGUCGUAUUUUAACUACAAACAGUGUUUUAGAUAUUGAUAUUUCACCGUCAGACGAUUUUCUUAUAUGUGGAUAUGAAAAUGGAGUUGAGUUGUUUUCUCUUUCUGAUUUUAAACUGCUUUGGAAAAUUGACGAUUUUGUUGUAGAACGGAGUGCCGCUUUGCCCCGUUCUAUUUAUAUUCUAAAACCGCCUCGCCGCAUUGUUUUCCACCCUUUCAGAAACGUCAUUUUACCUGGACGACUUACUCCUGUACUUAAUUUCGAAGGAAAUUUUGAAUCUGGGUUGCUUGUGUGCAAAGAAAUACCCAGUAAGUUUACAAGUUGCUGUUUUUCUCACAAUAAUACCAAAAUGGUGACAAAUUACGACAUUCAUUUGACAGUUUGGAAUCUGAUCGAAAAUAAGAAAAUAGUAAGUCUUCCGUGUCGGUCAGAAUUAUUUUCCAUUUUGUUCUCGGCUAAUGAUAGAUUUAUUGGAACAACAAACGUUGACGAGUUAUGUGUUUACGAUACUGAGAAUAGUUACAGCAUGAUAUCAAGGUCUUGUUGUGGAAACUUUGCACUUUUAGUUUCAACGUUUUAUUCGGAUUCCUGGUACUGCUGUGAGCUAACAAAGAUCAAACUGGCACUCAGUAGAUCAAAACACGAAAUUGUAAAACAUGACCUAACAACUACACUUCUUAGUCCGACACGUUUUAUUGAAGUAUGGCCAAUUAACGCGAGGGCUGCCACUGAAUUCCAAGCGGUAGUGGAAAGUGACGAUCGCUCGUGGUUUCACAAAGUAGACGGGGGUUUCUUUUUUAUCCUCAAUAAUGCUAGCGUUUUGGUUUCUAGCUAUUAUGGUAAGGAAGUAAAACUGUUUAGGCUAACAGAGUUGACGCAGAAUUCAAACAAUACAAUACAAACAUUUGAUUCCUCUUUCGAUCUACUAAGUUUUUCUGUUUCAGUGGACGGAAGAUAUAUCUACACAGAUGACACAAUGGGAAAUUUUGAAAUCGUGAUGCUUACUAGUUGGCCUCCUUCGGAAAAAUACAUUAAUAUUGAUCAAGCAAAAGACCUUUUUAGGCGAAACACAUUUUUUGUUCCAGUAACAAAUGGUGUCUUCUUUUGCAUAGAGGUGCGGAAACCUUUUGCAGGCAUCCCUGAGCUGUGGAAUUCUGAAGUAACCCAACGUCUUGCCCGUUUCCCUGAACUGACUGGUAGUUGUUAUUGUCUUUUAGUUGCAGAAGAUUUAGUAGCUUGUAUUAUGGAGUCGCAGGUUUGUUUUUUUAAUGUUCUGAGAAAAGAAAUAGUUGCACGUACGCCAUUUCCUGAGGAUAUUUUAGUCUUAUUACGUGAACACAAAUUUAAAGUCGAGAUAAUCGCAUGUAGUAGUUUAUAUCAUGUGCUUAUGAGAUAUGGGAAAUCUACAUGUUUAUUACAAGAUGGUAACACUGUAGAUUUAAAGUCACGUGUAUUUAACAAUCUCGCGCCAGCUCGUUUCUCUCCUGAUGGACAGUUGCUGGCAUUUCUUGUACAUGACCGCGGAACGUUGUAUAUCUUAGACAUUCUUACAAUGAAAAUUCGUAGCAACCUCCCUCUCUAUUCCACAAGAGGAUCCAAACUGGAAUUUGUUGACGAGGAACACCUUCUUUGUAAAGGAUAUAAAAAUUGCCUGUGUUUAAUUAAUGUGAAAACUUGUGAGGUGUUAACUUGCGUCAGCUUGGGCUUAGAUGAGAAACCAUGGGGUGUAUUUGCAUGCCACCAAACAAUUGGUAUUAUUGUUAGGAGAGGCAAAUUUAAACUAAUUAAACUUUGGUUACCACAGCAUCGUAAUGAUGGGAAUGAACUACUAGAAUGUUCUUGCUGGAUACAUGCUGGAAAGUUAAAUGACUUGCCCAGAUGUUGUUCUAUCAUAUAAUUCCGUAUAGGCCUAUGGUAUAUAUAUGUAUAUAUACAAGAAUAAUUAAUAAAAAUAUGUCAUCUUUGUUUUGUUGUUCUGUUUAGUUUUAUUAUAUUCAUUUUGAAAUCACUAGCAUUUCUAGAAAUGUGGUUGGUCACUGAUCAGACCAACUUGCACUCCACUCGGUUCAAUGACCAUUACUAUAAUAAUCUUCAAAACGCUCGUUAAGGUUUCAGCUAGCGGGACAAAGUGAUACGUAUUUUUAGCAAGUCACUUCUCUUCAUUGGAACUUAUGAAACGGUUUGAAAAGGGAUAAACAACCAAUAUCUAACCAAAAGAUAAAGCUUUGAGGGGAAAAAAUUUGACUCUGAGUUUGGAAACAUUUUAUAUGUCACAAAAUGUAGACUGUUGCACGUAUUUUCCUUUGAAAACGUUAAUCCCCGAUCAAACGAGGAUGACAAUUGAUGAGAGUUGGCAGUCGCGAAUUGUUAUACAAAGGACAUUUGAAGCUCUGGAUUAACAAAAUAAUGCUCGACGAAUGCUCCAAAUAUGUUUUAAAUUCAAUAGAAUACAUAUGAAUAGUGUUGCAUGGAAAAGCGUAAAGAACAGCCAACUCUCAUGCACUCUCGGCUCGUUUGAUCCGGGCUUUAAUUAUAUUGUUCAAUCAUGUAACAAUUCUAUUAUCACAUAACGCAAAUAAUUUUUUUUUCUUAGUUUGACUUUCAAUGCAUCAUCAUUUGAGAAGACGCUGCUAUAUUAAUACUGGGGAUUAAUGUCGUUAUUAGCGUUAUCUUUUCUGAGGAUGAGAAUUAUAACGAGAGCGCGGCUUUGAGUUAUUGUAGGCAUUAUUAACGACAGAAGUAUGCUAUGAUUCUAUAAAGUUUCACAAAAUCCAUUGUGGCGACUUUCCAUGGGAAUGGAACUAGGCUAGCUAUAUUGGCGAAAUACAAAGAUUAUUUGAAAAAAGAAAGACGCACAUGAAAUGUUUAGAUUUAUGAAAACUCUCAAACGUAUAGGGAAACAUACAUGGACCUGCUCACGUAUGGGAUCAACCUUGACGACGGGCAAACUAUUGACAAAGGAAACAAAUACGAUUAGAAAAAAUUUGAAUUAUGGCACACUAGUUAAUUGUUAAUAAUGCAGACGAUAUCUCGAAGCCACUCUGGUAACAAUACUCUGUUAUCCUUAGAAAACAUUAACGCUAACAAUUGCAGGCUUACGCCAAUUAAUUAAUCGCCUAUUUAAACUAUUAAUUAAUCUAUAUAUUGCUAGAUUGUAUCGUGUCAACCGUAUUCUUUCACCUGUUGAAGGCUUAGAACCAAUAAUCGAAAACUCGCGAUGAAAGUAUCUGGACAGAGGAAGUUGUGUUUCUUCAAAAAGUACAUAUUUAACAUAUUAUCCAAAAAAGUUUAAAAAUGUCAGUGUUUUCAAAUUCGUAUUUCAACUGAGUUUCGGUUAACGCAUCAGCUAUAAACUUGAAUAUCAGAUUGGGGCACUCAUAUAAAAUUUUACAUUUACAUUCAAUGCGGCAUAUGGUAUCGACAUAAAUUGAAAUGCCCAUAGCCGCGGUGUACGUGGAUAAAAGUUUGGAUUUUGUUGUCUUCACCAAAAUACUACUGUAAUUGGGGCUGUUACUUCAUUUAUUGUACAGGACAGCUUCGUUCCUUUAUGAAUUACCAAAGUUUGACCAUGGCUAAAGUUCGUGAGUUUUUAUGAGGACGAAGCAACCUAUACAGUGAUAAUCAACAUAAUCGAUUCCUUACCUUGUUUACAUUUCCUUGCGGACACAUUCCAAUUCUAUAGAUGUUUUUCAAGAAGCGAAUUGGUCAAACUUAGAUCAAUUGUAACAAAUCAAAGAAAAUUUUCCACCACGAGAUUUUCUAUCAAAAUAAGGAAAACAAAAUCGUUUUUGUACCUAGAAAACAAGAUUCAGGCAGCGCAUUCAUCAUGAACCAUCACGUGCAGUUUUGAAGUGUUAAAGUUUAUUUCAUUCCUGAUAAACGUUUUUUCGUGCUUUCAAAAAUUAAUGAUUUCAUUGUCCAGCAAAGCCAAAGGGCAUGUAUCUGCACAUAAGAAGUAAAAGUAAAGAGACAUGUUUUAGUUAAUGUUUAAUUAAUUAUUUAUAAAUCUUUAUAUGCAUUAUAAAAAGUACAAGUAAAGAGACAUGUUUUAGUUAGUGUGUAAUAAAUACAUUUCACAAUGAAAAAGUUCUCAUUCGUGCGUGGUUUUGAGUGAAUUUUGCCUGCUGGAAACGUAAACAGGGUAAGAGGUCUAUUAUGAAAUAAUCCUCUCAUGCGAACAUCCAAUAUGAAAAAAUUAUGGCGUUAUUAAAUAUUAUAGCAUUUUCAAAGCAACAUUGAAGAAGAACUGUAUUCAUUUAUAUUAAGUAAAAUAACAUUCUUGUCUCAAUAAAAAACAGUCAAGUGACUGUAAGUUAUAAAUAAUUAUGUCACAGUUGUUCAUAUAGUAUAAUUUAUUUGGGUAAAUUAGUAAAAAUAAAGUAUAAUAUAAAUGAAACAAAAAGAUGAAGAAAGAGCCCUAAUUUUGUCAAAGAUUAUUUUGUGAUUAUCAAUACAUCAUGGAAAAGUUAAAAACAUGCAAUUUAGUCAAAUCCAAUAAGCCAGUUCGACAUUUUGACCGUUUAUCCAAAUAACGUGUUCUGAGUUGGGAGAAAAUACAACUGAAUCACAUAAAAUCUAGCUGAGACUGUAC